UAGAGGAAGGAUUAUAUAUACUUUUUCAAUAUUUUGCAUACACCGAAGACAUGGACAUAGUAAAGAAACCAUACUACAAUAUUACAAGAUAUGUUAUUAUUUUCACCGGAUUAAGUAGAAAUUAUCCUACGUGGUUUAAUUUCUUGACAAAAUUAUUUAUUUUUUUUGUUCUCUUCUCUUUUAUGGGUGUUCAGAUUGCAGGAAUGAUAAAAUAUUUAAGUAAUAUUGAUUUGGUAUUGGUGUGUAUUCCACCAAUAUGCUAUUCUUCAAUGGGUACAAUUCUUUAUAUAAAUAAUAAUCUGCAAGUAAAACAAAUAAACGUUGUUUUCUGGAAAAUGCAAAAUGACUGGGAUACAAUAACAUCAGAAAAAGAAGUUAAUAUUCUACACAAAUAUGCCAGAAAAUCCAGAACUUAUACUAUAUUAUACACUUUUGGAUUCCUUGGAAUGCUUAUGCUCUAUUAUUCAUCACAUGGCAUUCCAAUGAUUAUUCACAUUUUGAAAAAGAGCGAUGGACCUAAACCGCUUCUUUUUCUUAUUGAGUGUGGAUUAGAUUUACAAGAAAACUACGGUUGGGUAAUAUUUUAUAGUUAUUUAACUUGUUACGUUUGUACAUAUGGAAUUGUAAUUGGAGGUACAAUUCUUGGAACGUUUCUUGAGCAUGCUUGUGGAAUAUUUGAAAUUAUAGGGUAUAAAUUGACUAUUGCCAUAAAUGAAAAUCCAUUUUCUAGUAAUGUAGUGAAUUCUCAAAAAAAGUUUCAGCAGGAAGUUAAACUUUGUGUAGAAAUGCACAGAAGAGUUCUAUUAUUUAUGGAUGAUAUCCAAGCUGUAUUUUCAACUCCCUAUCUUUUUGUAUUUGGAUUAAGUGUAAUUUUAUUAAGCAUCACUGGAGUGCAAUUUGUAAUGAGUGAGAAAUCUUCUGGGGAUGGAAUAAGGUAUGGAUGUUACGCAGUAUUUCAAGUUGUUCAUAUUUUCCUCUUAACUCUACCAACUCAGAAUUUACUGGAUAACAGCUUUCUUCUUUCCAGUUCGAUAUACAAUGCAGAUUGGUAUCAUCUGUCAAGUGAAUCAACAAAAUUAUUACUGAUUAUAAUGAGAAAAGGAUCUGAACCUACUACAUUUAUCGUUGGCAAAAUAUUCAUACUUUCAUUACAAUUUUUUAGAAGGGUUAUUCAAACAUCAAUGUCAUAUUUCACUGUUUUGAAUUCUGUACGAGGAUGAAAUGAAAUGUCUUCUACUGAAUUUUACACCUAUGGAUAUUUGAGUAGUUCUUAAAUCUUUGAUAGUAAACAAAAUAUUUAGAGCGCCUUACAUUGUAAAGAAUUAUGUAAAAUAAAAA